AUGUCGUCGGAAGAGGCGAGCGCGGAGGAGACGCCGAGGAAGAGCGCGCGGGCGUCGUCGAUGCGAGAUCGACGAGCGGACGCGCUGGCGAGACAUCGAGCGUCGUUAGCGACGGCGUCGCCGGGCGCGCGGUUGGAGGCGUUGGCGAGGACGGAUGCGUCGGCGUCGGCGUCGGAGGCGUCCGUCUCGGGCUCUGAGGAACGGGAUUUCAUCGAUGAUUCAGGAGAGGAGGCGGAGACGUCGAACUCGAACGAGAGUGGUCUCGCGACUGGAUGGCGAACGGUGAGUUUCGGCUCUCGCGCGGACGAGGCGCUUCGAAAUGAUGAUGUCGCGGCGUUUAAGCGAUCGCUCGCUCGGAUGGAAGAUCCACCGCGACCUGGAUUGGCGUUGAUGGCGGCGGCGGCGCACGACGCGUCGCGAGUGGCGAGCGCGUUUCUAGUCAAAGGCAUGCGCACCUCCGGACGCGUCGAGGACAAGACGUCCUCGCGACCGCACGUGGACGACGUGAGUGUGGCUCUACACACCGCGUGCUCCAAGGGCCACGUCGGUUUCGUCCACGCCAUUCAGAAAAUGAUUGGGUUGAGGCAAUUUUGCCGCGGUCGUCGCGGCGGUUGGCCCGUAAAUUUGACCGGUGGAUCCCUCGUGCACUCGGCGGUCAACAACGAUUUCCCGAGCGCCGAGUGCGUCAAGGCGGCCAUCAUGGCUGAGUCUUCGCCAUUAUGUGACGAAGAGGGACCAAGAACGCCGACCGCCGGCGUCUUUGAUGACGACGCGAGAGGUAACCGCACGCCUCUCAUGAUUGCUGCGGGCGCCGGCGCAACAUGGGAGACCGUUGUUUGGGAGUUGCUGCAGGAAGCGAGGCUUACUAACGCAUCACGGGCCGUAAUUAGGACGCACGACGCAAUAGAAGGAUGCACGGCGGUACACAUCGCCGCCGGUGCGGGCAGCGUAGCGACGCUUCAGAUGCUGAUUGAUGAAGUCCCCUCGUUUGUGGACAUCAGAGAUUUUCAAGGAAGCACGCCUUUACAUCACGCCUCCGCAGAAGGUCGAACGGAAUCGAUAAAGGUCUUGUUGGACCGCGGCGCUAAUCGACUCGCCGUGGACAAGAGUGGGUGGAUUCCGCUCCUGUAUGCAAAUUUCCAUAGCGAACGCGAAGCAGUCAUGCACUUGCUGAGAGCCGACGCCGUCGAGCAACUCGAAUCCAUGCUCCUGUGCGCGACGGAGGACAAGACGGUGGAGGGAAAUUCGCGUACUCAAGUCCAGAAAGUCUUCGAACUUCUCGCUACAAUUCCAACAUAUUACGAUACCCUCAAUCAAUGCAUAGCGACCAUGAACAACAUGGCGCUCGUGAAAUCGCUCACGGAAAUGCUUCUCAAGGUGGGUGGCAUGACGAUUCUUAGCACGACACAUCGACUCAGUUUGCUUCAGCUAGAAAGCCGUUUUGUCGACCGUGAAUAUCGCUGGAGAAAGUUUGGACUAUCGAUGGAUAACCCUUGGUCCGAUCUGUUGAACGAACGACGAAAAACUCUCUCACUCUUGCGCAAUGGCGUAAUUUUCUGCUCGAAGGACGCCGCCGGUAAGUUGGUGGCCGGCGGACCGGGUGUCACGAGGGAGAUAUUCGGGAUGAUCGCAAAACAGCUCUGCGAUGCGGAUCAACCGCAGACACAGCUAUUCGAACUGGAUGAUAGUCACACGUACUCUCUCAAACGAGGUAUCGAUCGACAAGGACGCGCAGAGGAACUUGAGACGUUUGGUGAAUUGCUCGCGUACACGCUCCUCCAUGGUACCUUUCUGCCAAUUCCAUUCUCAAAGGUUUUCUUAAAGCGUGUCAUCGGCGGCGCUUCCACGGCUUCGAUAACUAUCGAAGAGCUCGAAGAUGUCGAGCCGCAGCAAGUGAAGUCGAUUCGAUACGUCCAGCAAACCGACGCCGUCGAAGAGCUGUGUCUGUCAUUCAUGGAUCCCAAGACGAAUACACAGGUGGAAGUGACGAGCAAGAACAAACGUGAGUUCAUUCAAGUUCGUCUUCAAGAAAUCGUGUCGAGCAUUGUUGACGACACAUCUGCGAAGUGCAUCAAACGCGGUCUACUGAACUUGAUCGAAAAGGAGUCCACACUCAAAUUCCUGACGCCCGAGGAGUUCGGUAGCCAAAUCGUCGGUACACACGAUGUUGACGCCCAGGAGUGGCGCAAGCACGUCGAUGACCUCGCAGGUAACCAUGAUCAAAUGAAAUGGUUCUGGAACGUCAUCACACGCAUGAGUGCGGAAGAUCGAUCGAAACUGUUGCAAUUCUCUACCGGGUCGCCGCUUCUCCCCGUCGGCGGCUUUGCGAACCUUCAGCCGCAGUGGAGAUGCUGGAUCGACUCUUCUGCUCCUCCGACAAAGCUUCCGACCGCAUCGACGUGCUUCAACACGCUUCGAAUGGCGGCGUAUCCAUCCGAGGACGUCCUGGAGCAGCGCCUGAUGACCGCACUCCGACACGGAUCGACCGGCUUCGCGUUCGACUGA